UAUAAAAGUAUGCUUGGCAUAGUUGGUACUGAAAAAUAAUAACCUCAAAAACUUGACACUUCAUUAUUAUUUUAUAAAAUAUUAUGUACUAAUUAAAUUUAUUUGUAAAAAGUAGUGCAACAGCUAAAUAUGGCUAGUAAAAAGAAACUUAGUAAAGAAGAGCUCAGGAAGGCGAUGCUGGAGGCAAAAAAGAAACACAGUGUGAUAAAAAAAAUAGAAUCUCCACUGGCUAGAUAUAACGAAUUAGAUCAACUAACAUGUGUUCUUUGCAAGACAGUGGUACGCAGUGAAACAUUGUGGCCAAUUCAUUUGAAUUCCAAAACUCACAAAGAUAAUAUUGCAUUAGCAAAGAAAACCAAAUUGGAACCCGCAGCAACUCAACCCCGGCCAUCUAAUAAAAGAGCAACAUUAUUUCAAGAACCACAGCCAGUAAAAAAAGUUAAAGGAAUUCUAAAGAAUACUGGGCACCCAGCAAGUAUAAAAUCAAGUUUACCAGCUGGUUUUUUUGAUGAAUCGUCUCCUAGCCAUAAAAACAUUGAUAAUAGUAAUGCAAGAAAAACUGAAUCUACUACAGUAAAUGGAUCAAAUGUUAAUGGUAGUCAAGAAUCUGUGAAUGUUGAAGCAUCUGAAGUAAAGAAUAAUAAAGACAGUAGCCAAGCAGUACUUCCAGAAGGUUUCUUUGACGAUCCAGUAAAGGAUGCAAAGGCACGUAAUGUUGAGUAUAAAGACCCUAUCGAAGAAGAAUGGGAAAAAUUUCAGAAAGAAAUCAAAGAAGAAACAGCACAGUCUGCACAAAUUAUAGGAGAUGAUCAGGAAGAGGCAGCAACAGAAAGGCAGAUUGAUACCAUCGAAGAGCAAUUAAGAAAUUGGUCUAGAGUAAUGGAUUUAGUCAAACAAAAAGAACUUGUUCACACAACAGAAAAAAAACAGGAGAAUAAUGAUUUUUCUUCUGAUGAAGAUGAUAUUGAUGAAUAUUUAGAUUGGCGAGUAAAGAAAUCAUACCCGAACAUUACUGAAAUAUCAGCUGAAUUAAAAAAUAAUUAUGUAUAGUAUUUUGACUUGAAAUGCAAUACAUUUUUCUGAAGACUAAAUUGCAUUAGAAAUUGCAACUGAUGCAAUAUAGAAUUAGUUUUAUUUGAAAACCAAUAGUCAAUAAAAAGGAAUAGGAUUAAAUGUAGGUUUUGUAUCAUAUUCAUCUACUUCUGUAAUAUAAUGUAUAAAUGUUUAGAAGCUGUGUUGCAAACAAAAAUGUAAAUGUGUAUUGAAAAGUUGAUUCUAUGAAACUUCAAGAAUGCAACAAUACAUUAUGAUACAACUAAUUUAGAUUUUUAUACCAUCAUUUAUGAAUGGAUAAAUUCGUCACAUUUCGUAUCAUGAAAAGCAUUUCGUAGAUACUUACACAUUCAUAUUAUGUAUAUAAUACAAAAUUCAUUUAAUUCAUGUUGUUGUCCUUUAAUGCGUUAAAUUUUCAAUAUGUUCAUAAAUAUGGGGUCCAAAAUCCAAAGGGGUGGAAAGAUUUGAAACGUCACAAACUUCUUUAGUGUAUUAAGAUUUUAUUAAAAUGAAUUCAAAGAGUCCAUAAGGUAAUAAGUUGUUCGAAGAUACAGUACAAUAUAAUCGUAUAGAUAUAUAAUAUAAUUCAUAUAAUUGUUUCGUGUAAGCUAUACAUACGAAAUUGUACCUUAUAAAGACUAUUAAAUAUUAGAAAUACUAUCUACGUCGCCGCUACAUAGAGUUUUUUCACUUAAGUACAUCAUCAUUAGACGAAGCUCCUCAUAUGCGCAAGGUGACGUUGCUUUGUUCUUAUUCAUUCUACAUUUUUCACGUUCCUAGACACAAGUACUUAUAGUUUCUAAACUCGUUGUCUUUCCCAUAUUAUAGCGCAAGGAAUCGGACGCACGGUUUCGGCGCGCAAGUCGCGGAUUCUGAAUGUCGAUUCUCGAAGCUUCUUUAUUUUUCACGUUUCAGCGUUGAUCUCUACUCGGAAAAGAGACGAUUGGUUCAUCUACGAUCGAGCCAAUAAGAUGCACUUCGACAUGUCGAUCAAUGGUCAACUGGGCGUGUGUAUACUUGAGAUUUUCCUGAUUUUGUUAUCUAUUAUAUACGAGUAACCCAUGUAUAGCAAUAUAAUAUCUAUGACUUGUGCGAAUGUU